CUAUCACAAGCCAGUGUAAUAAGCUAUGCAAGCCAGUUCAGCCGGGCGGCCCGGCGAAGUAGCGACACGAGUAGUGAUGAUGGAAAACCUGUCAGAGAUUUCUUUAAGAAUAUAAUGCAGAAACUGUGUCCUGAGCGGCCCAGAUAUUUCAACCGACCUCUGGCAGACAAACAUGACUGUAAUGAUGAGGUGAGGUUAAAGAAACUUAAUUUGACUUUACAUUGAAGUAAAAUAAUGGAAUGUUAAGGCUUCUCAAGACAAGUUAUUACCUGCGCGAUGGAAUUUAAAUGUCAUUUCCCCCAGAACUAUAAGUGAAACUAACCCUUACCUCUAGCAGUUUAACAGACCUUCAUAAUGAUGAAGCGGGUUUUGUGCGGAAGUCUCGUUCACAUCGAGGAACUAAUUGUUUUUCCUUCGGGAUAUCUUAGUAGUAAAUCGUUAAAUUUACUUUAUAAAGUUAGUCUUAGGUCACUUCGGCCGACAGCUGAUCAAACAUAGUUAUAUUUGAACUAUACGAACGGAGAUCGGUGAAUAAUUCACUCUAUCUAUGUUCUACCAGAUUAGUUUAAGUCGUCAAGGUGUUUUGGUCAUUAAGGGAGUUUAAUCUCUCAAAAGCAUUUAAUGACUUGUAAUUCAAACCAUGUCUUUAUUCCUGGUUUACUGGAUCAUAGUAAUGUUACGAGAAUAAUCUGGUCGAAAAGGAGAGACGUCAUGAGCAAUGGUUCAAUGCCAAACGCCACACAACUUCUGUAUCUAUUGCUAUUGUUUACAAAACAUAGCAUCGUUUACACUUUCCAUUGUGAUUCUAAGUGCCUGUUUUCAAGCAUCCUUAAAGGAAAAAUGUAUCCUUAGUCGGACUGCUUUGAAAACCAAUUAUGAUAAGUAUGAAAGUUUUUUAGAGUCGUCAUUCACUUAGCAAUAAGUUUAAGUACUUCGGGGAAUCAUGUCUUUUGAUAGAAACUUUCUCAGUCUUCCGGUCUUUCCAACCGUUACAUUGGGGAUAAUUUUAUAAACAAGGCUAAGCGCGCUACAAGUCUGAAAGGAAAGAAAUUCUUUGACAAAUCUGUAAGCUCUUGUUCGGAGAGACAAAAAAUUAGUCGUAGAAGCGAGCUGCGGUUCUCUUAUACAUCAGUGGCACAGGUAAAAGGUAAUAGAAUUUUACAAAACAAGCAGCUUUCACUCCGGCAUGUUGUUGAUCAUUCAUAAUUUAUCAUCAAAGUGAAUGAAUUCUGUAAUCUGUUUUCCUCACAAAAUUCAAGUGUUUUCUUGAUACUGUUUCUCAAUUCAAAUGUUUAGUCUACACGCUACAAUAGAUUUUCUCUGCCAGUUUCUAGAAGUAAACCAGUACCAGAAUGUAACGGACUCCCAAAGCAAGCUUGCCAGGAGAUUGUGUUUUUUUCUCAUAAUUUCUAAUGCUAGAUACUGAUAAGGGGAUUAAAAAUCGGAAAUUUAAAAAAUGAAGAGUUUUUUUCAAGCAGAGGCAUUUUGAUUACGUGAUAUUUACAAAGAUAGUGAACAACCUCUGAUUGGACGAUUUAUAGCAGGUGAAUUUGGAGGAUGUUGGCUAUGACAUCGACAAAGGGAUGUGGCUCGAAUAUGAGCAGACGAAAAUAACUGCCAAGGAGACCAUCUCGCGUACAGUUUGAUCUCGUUAAAAGCUGGUAUAUUGCUGGAAACCUUUAAAGUGAUAUUCAGUUUGGUUAAUAUGAACGUAGCCUUCACGUGAGCUUGCUCUGUAUCUACCAGGUCGCGUCGCGUCGCGUCACGUCCUUGACAAGCAAACCGUAAGAGUCAGAGGUCGUUGAGUGGUGUGGGAGUGGAAUGACUUACACAGAGCACAUUUAACCCUUUAACUCCCGAGAUCUGAUUGUUAAUUCUCCCCUCCAGCUGCUAAACAUUCCUUAUAAAUUGGUUAUGAGAACUUGGUGCUGGAUCAAGAUAGCAGCCUCUACCUGAUAAGUUUGAAUAUUCUCAUUACCUGUUUGCUGAUUAAUGUAUGGAUAUUAUAGGGAGAAGUUUCAUGUUGAUCACUUCCGGGAGUUAAAGGGUUAAUUAAAAGAUGUGAACCUGACGAAACCGGAUCGCGGGCUCUAACAACACCUAGCUGCGUUACAAACCAUUUAAGAGGCCGUUACAUUUCCCUCUUGUUAAUUCUUACUGCUGAUAUAGAUUUUUUUAGGCUUAGACAUUCUGAUUUUCCUAAAAUAUGGUUGCCUAAAUUGCCUAAAAUAUGGAUGCCCUUCGGAUUCGUUCAUCAUUUGUCAUUUCUGAGCAUCUGUCUAUUUCAGUAACGCCGAUAGAAGCUUCAAAUUUUGAAGCUUUUCCGUUUCCAGCUCCAUCUUGCAAAAAUCACUAAUAUUGAGACCUGGUUGUCUGAUAUUCAGAUAGCGAUAGACAACAACGACAUGUAAAUAACAACCUUAUUACUAGGAGAUGGAAAAUAAACUAAAAAAAAAAAGGAAAAACAAUUUCCAUUCUCCAUUUUUCAUGAUUUACGUCAGACUAAACAAGCUUCAGUUUUAUCUUUACUCCAUUUUUGUGGGUUCUUAUUCUAUCGGCACUUUAAAAUCAUUUGAAUUUUUUUGUUUGCAAGAUUUCCUCAAAAUAGAAAAGCUGAGUUUCAUGCAGGCCCGUUUACGCCACUUUAUUUCUUUUAUGCCGUUCAGCUAAGUAUAAGUUUCUCGGCCGUUCUUUGUGAAUGUCUUAGUUACUGCAAUCAAAACGGUUACUGUAGUGAGACGAAAACCACCAAACAGCCACCUCGCCAAACAAAGCAUGUUAGUGUUAAUGCAUUUUAAUACGAGCAAGAUUUGUAUAUCACAAACCAUUUCUCUUCUCUUUGUUCGAGGUACGAGGCAUACUGUGUUACCGUGGCAACUCCAAUGGUUGCUGUCGUUCAUUCUCUAAAAGCUUUUCACGAAGACGUAAUCGAAUGAAAAAAAAAAUAUUUUGAAGAAAACCGCACGAUAACAGGAUUUCCUUAGAAUUUUGUUCUAAAGGGAGGAUGAAAAGUGCCCGCAGCUUUUUACAGGCUUCUCUCCAACUGUAGAUGUUCAUUGUUACGCAAUAACUGCAGAGGAAAAAAUCCGUUUUCUGCAACGUAGCUCUACAGCUUGCUCCUCAUUGGCUGGUCGGGAAUAUUUAAUUAUUCAGGUUCCCACACGCAAAACCUCAAACUUUUGUCUUCGCGUAAGCUAUAAAACGAGUGGACACCUGGUCACUGAGAUGAAAUGUUUGAUCUCUUUAGACGUCUAUACUCUUUUGCAUUAAGCUUCUGAUUCCGGAGAUGAAUUCAUCUUCCGCUCCUGUUAUGACAACGUUCUAUUAACUACACCAUACAUGGACGCUCUUAGUGAAACCUGGGUGGACUUUCUUGAUAAGUUUAACUCUUCAGAGGUAGGCUCAUAUACAUUACGACUAAAUCUUGCGUUACUUUUCUGUGAACAUAAAUAAUUCUUGAUUGUGAUAAAGAUUCGGCAAUGAUAUUUCCAUUUUCGCACGUGGGUCUAAGUUGAUAUGAUAAACGACUUACAAGACGUCUGGCCACCGUUGAAAGGUACUCGAAGUUAGAGAGGUGAAAUCUUGAGUAUUCAGAGGCGAAUUCUUACAAAGAUUUCGUCAAAUUUCGGAUGCGUAUUUUAAAAAUUAUAUUAUUGCACCAAAUGUACCCGUUUGCUACCGCUUACACAGCUUAAAACUGUAAUUUUGAAAUGAUUAUGUGGUCUUUGUGCAAAUUAAAAGUAAAUCCAUGAUCAACAACCUCUAUGGGGCCUAAUUGGCAAAAUAUAAUUCACGGAACAUCUUAAAAUUCUUCAUUGGAUAUAUGUACAAUGACAACUAUUAAACAAUGCAGACUGACGCUUUUCCGAAAUCGUCUCGUUUGUUGACUCCUAUUCGCCGGUUACUUCAAAGAACAACAAACGUGUUUUUUUUCUUAAAUGAUUUCAAAUAAGCUAUCUAUGCCAACACUUUAACUGCAUGUAAUUUUGACUCAAAUAUAUUCCAUUUUUAAGCCGUAAUUGGGAUGUUUUGUAUUUACCUGAAAAAAUACAAAAUAAGAAGUCACGCUGGGUUUUGUUAAGAUCAUCAGACGGCCUUGAGCAGGAAGAAUUACUUCCUUUGAGCGUUGUUCCUUAUCUAAGAACGUAUUGGAUUUUGAAAACACUUUAAGUGCUUUACCAUCUGUCGAGGAUAUUUUUUAGAUGCGUGUAUCAAGAAUCUAUUGUUUGCCACUGAGAAAGAUUGCUCUAACAUAACUUUUUUCCCAGUCAUUUCGAAGCAAUGGAAAUUAGUGAAAGGCUAACUGAAAAGAAGUGCAGACGGCUCAAACUAACUUGAUCAUUUUCAAAUCAAUUUUAAGUCAUCCAUUCUCACGGUGCAGUCGUGGAGGUGAAAUAAUAGAAUACUGCCACUACUAUUGAAACAUGCUGUCGACAUGUUUGAAGAGCGUUCGUGCCUCCGGUCUUAAUUUUGAGUACUUAUACAUGUAUGUACACAAUUUACUUUCAUUUAAUGUUUUCCUAAAAAUCUCCCUUCCGAUUUUCGGUAUCUAUCCAAACACCGCCUCAAAUCGUGUAAAGAUGUUGCGAAGCAGCUGCCGAAAACCUUUAUUAUUGUGUCAGCAAAUUUAACGAAUUUCACUUGUUUAAUAAUGUGACGAUAUCGAAAAAAUUCCGCCUGUUGUCAACGCUUCACUAAUUGAAAACGAAAUCGACAAAGAACACUGGAGUGUUCUCGUUCUUUGGCUCCGUGUGUGUGCGGCGCGCGGUCGUUUGAUUUGCAAAUACGAUUGAAUACUAUUAUAAAUGUAUAUAUGUGACGUUUAUGGUCAGUUGAUUUGCGGUUAGGAAGCCAGAUCGGCUCUGUCUUGCAGAAUAAUUUUUCAUAUUAAAUUCCUAUCACUUAUAAAAUGGCCUUAAAAUUUCCCGUGCUCCGUCGAAGAUCACGCCUUAAGUUUUCAAUGCAAUUUUUUUUUUGGAUAAUGUCGAGGCAUUGUCCAGCUGGAAAGUGAUAGCGCACAAACGUAUUUGCCUGAGGAUGUUAUCUCAAUGUUAUAGCAACUUUCGUACCUAAUUUACAAUUGAAUCUAUAGCAACUGCUAGAGGGGAGAUUUUCGAACCAUAUCUAGAAGCUAACGACGGGUUAGUCCAGAAAAACUACGGGAAAUUAUACACACGUGCUGUGCGGAUCUUUAGUGAAUCGAGUUCCACUACCGAAUUCGCCGGUAUCAAAUUCAAAUGUACACCGGAAUACAUCCAGAAUACUGCCCUAGGUUUGCAUUUAUCAAACAUUUAUUUAAGUGACUUUUGUGAAUUAUUGAAACGGCUUGGAGAAGAUAAAAGAUAGCAUCUUUUUACGAGUCGCCAGAAAAACCGCUGAGCGUCUGCUUGAUGGCGACAAAAUUCUUAAGUUAUUUUCACUUGAAAAAUUCGAUUUAUUGCAAGUCUCGUUUCCGGCGAAAUUUUGGAUUUAAACGAGUUGAAAUACCUUCCGAUAAAUAAGUUGUCUAGAAGUUUCACCCGUUUGCCCACAGGAAUAAAAUUUAUGAAACCCUAACUAAAAAAAACUGUUGUUAAUCUUAUGUUUUAUUUUUCAGACGUUUAUUGUAAUUACGAGUCGCUUUGGAACACCCCAUGUCCACAGACUUAACAAAGCCAAGUCCGUGUACAUAUUUGGUCAAAAUCAUCCUGUGAGGAAGUUUUCACUGUACAUAACUACAAAUCAGUAUCCUUUUUUAUUUUAA